ACAAAACGCUAAAGAAAAAAAAAAUGGUAAAAGCUUAAAUACUCCCCUUCUCAGAGGCGCGCUUCUCACAGUUCCGAGAAGGGGUGAAUCUACAAUGGCUUCUUCGUCUUCGUAUCUUCCUCUUUCCAAUCGAAUCUCUUUACUCCUCCCUCUCGUUGUAUUCUCUCUCUUCUCCUCCUCCUCCUUGGUCGCAUCGGAACCGGAGGCGCUCAAAGGUGUUGGUCCUGGCGACUCAGCUCUGGAUGUGAACCUUACUUCCUGUGAGCGCAUCCAAGUCUCUGGCUACCCAAGAGCCGAAUUAGGAAAGUAUGCUCAUUCCUUUAAGAUCAAGUUGGCUCCUUUGGUUACUCUCCCAGAGAGGCUACACAGCAAAAUCCAGGUUUGUCUUCACCGGAACGUUUCACUUGGAAUGUGCAAGUGUGAGAAAUCUGAUUGGAAAAAUCUUCACAAGGGCCAGUGGAGCUUUGCCAUGUCCCCAUAUGAUACACAAUACAUUGAUGUGAAGUUCAGUGGUCAGUCCUCUGGUUCAGUCACCAUCUCCGUUACUGAAGAUUUUCAGCAAUGGCGUAUUCUCUGUCUUGUGGCUGGACUGGUCGUGAUCUUGGCAGCACCGGUCGUCAGCAGCUGGCUUCCGUUUUACUACACCAGCUCCAUGGCUGUUGGUGUUUUCCUCGUCGUUCUUAUCAUUAUUUUCCAGGUUAUGAGGCUAUUGCCUACUGGGAGAAAAAAUGUUAUGUAUCUUGCUUUCUAUGGAUCCGUGGUAGGGGCUGGAUCAUUCAUUCUACAUCAAUUCUCGAUGAUGGUUGACAUGAUUCUUGUCAACUUUGGGCUGAGUGAAGACAUGUAUAGUCCAGUUGCAAUACUCGUGCUUGUGGGAAUAGCCAUUACAGGAGCUGCAUUCGGGUUCUGGACGGUGAGGAAGUUCGUUGUCUCCAAAGAUGGAGGCGUGGAUGCUAGCGUUGCCCAGUUUGUUAAAUGGGCCAUGCGUUCUGUAGCCGCCACGUUUAUUUUCCAGAGCACAAUGGAUACUCCUUUGGCGAUGGGAGCUUUCGCCUCAGCUAGCUUACUCGGUUAUCUUCUCAGCAAAACAAUUCACAAUAGGGAAAAAGUUGUAACUCAAAGGCAGUGGCUGGUUCCUGCUGGCAAGGGACGUCCAAUGCAAGGACGAGCUGAGUUUCUAAGCCGUCCUGGAGGUGGACUGUGGAACAGUGCUAGGACUGUACCUUCAUCUACUGGUUCUCCUUCCAACGGUUUGAGGAAUGUGAUGUCAUCGUUUAACCGGAGAAUACCGAUUGAAAGGAAGGAUUACUAUUCUACAUACCACAGGACGCCGAACCGGAAGAAGCUGACAAAGGAAGAGUAUGAAGAGGUGACACGAGAGACGACGAGGGAAGCAAUGGCGGGACUCACUGCUUCUCCAGGAUUCAGUGAUUGGUUGAUUGAGCAUGCUGACAGGAUCAAGUUGCUUCCUCCUGACGAAAGUUAUGAUGACGAGUUCGGUAGUGAGUCAGACUCAACCGGUGAACAAUCCUGGAGAGGGUUUAUCUGGUAGAACAAUUCUUUUAACUAGUUGCAGGAGGACACGUGUUGUUUAGUGCUUAUCAUUAUUAACUUGGCAUGUAUGAGAUUGUCGUCAGGCUUUGUUUCAGCUUACGUGGAGAGUUUUAGGGGAUAGUUAGGAGUAAAGAAUUUAUCUUUGUACGCAGCUUUAGCUUAUUUGAUUGUGUAGUGAUGAAGUUUGGUCCUUGUGUUU